AUGUCCAGCGACCCUCCACCCCCCUACCCAGGGGGACCGUCAGCCCCCCUCUUGGAAGAGAAGGAUGGUGCCCCUUUCCCAGCAGGCGGAGUCUCGCCCUCCAUGGUGCAGCCACAGAUGCAGCCGCCCGGCCCCCCGCUGCAGCCGCCUUCUGAGUACGGGCCCCCUCCCUACGAGCCGCCCCCCCACCCGGGCUUCAUUCCCUUGCCCCCUGAUGGAUCCCUGCCCUACAUGCCCCCUGGAGGCUACUACGUGCCCCCAGGGCCACACGCUGCCGCCGGCUACUACCCCCCAGCAGGCCCCUACCCGCCCCCCGGGAGCCAGACGGCGACGGUUCUGGUGCCCUCGGGGGCGGCAACGACCGUGACGGUGCUGCAGGGGGAGAUCUUCCAGGCAGCCCCCGUGCCCACGGUGUGCCCCCACUGCCAGCAGGCCAUCACCACCAAGAUCUCCCACGAAAUCGGCUUCAUGAGCUUCCUGGUGGGCUUCUUCUGCUGCUUCGUGGGGUGUGACCUGGGCUGCUGUUUGAUCCCGUGUCUUCUGGACGACUUCAAGGACGUGACGCACACCUGCCCCAACUGCAAGGGCUACAUCUACACAUACAAGCGCAUGUGCUAGCGGCACUCCCUGGGCUGAGCCACCUCCCCACCCCCAGCCUCUUCCUCCUCCUCGGG